AUGGCGAAGGGUCGCAAAUUCAGCGCGAACCGAAACGAGCGUUUGUUAGGAACAAACUAUAUCCAAAGCUCUACUGUUACUCGUGAAGUAACCGAUUUCAGGGAAGAAGAUGUGUGGUCCGUGGUGGACGAUCGUGAUCGUGACCGUGAUGUGGAUUUCUCUCCCGGCGAGUGGGAUUCACGCGCGGCUUCGUGGAGUCGGGAGAGAGAGCUGGAUCAUCGCAAUUUUGGUGGUUUGUCGCAGGCGUUUGAGGAUUCCGGGAGUAAUGUUGCCACGACGACUACUUCGAGGAUCGUGCAUCACCAGUACCGUGCAUCGCUGGGACGUAACGUGGCUACGUCAGCGCCGGUGAACGUGCCUGACUGGAGUAAAAUACUCCGGGUUGAAUCGGUGGAAUCGUUGCGUGAUAUGGAUGAUGGUUUUGAUGAUGACGAAUCGGAGAUGGUUCCGCCGCACGAGUAUUUGGCGCGUGGCCGGAAAAUGGCGGCAAACUCGGUUUUCGAAGGCGUGGGUCGGACUUUAAAGGGGCGUGACUUGAGACGGGUUCGUGAUGCUGUUUGGAACCAAACCGGGUUCGAUGGUUGA